ACAAGAUUUUGUAGUAAGUUCUAAGUUCACCUGUGAUUCAAAAAAAAUUCAUUUUCGCCCUCAAAAAUGAGGAUUAUGUUGAGUUUUGUAAAUUCAUUCGGAAGAGAAAAAAAUUUUGUGGAAAAUUAUAUCGGCGUUGUAUCAUUUAGGAACCACCAGCAAACUUGCAGCCUGUUCGUUAUAAUAUAUCGUUGCUCGUGGAUCCCGACAGAAAUCUAAUUCCGGGAACAACUACCGUUUCACUUUGGGUCUAUCAGUCCACAAAAUUUAUUAUUUUACAUGUCGGCAAUCAAAAUAUUACGGCAGUCUCAGUUCGCCUUUAUAAAAUUGUUUCGCAGUUUUUCGUGCCUGAUUUUAAUUUUUUCGUAGUUGAGGUAAAUCAGUGUUUGUUACCGAAUGAAACUAUUUCAAUUACAUUUGAUUACACAAUACCCUUAAAUAAAUAUAGCACUGAUAAAAACGUUUCUCCCGCUUUCUUACCUUUAGAAAACAGUCGACAAUUCUUGGGUGAUGCUAACAAAAUGCAACGUAUUCUUUUCGAAAAUACAGAAAAUGGAAGCUACUCUAGAAACUUCCUAUUUCGAUCCUCGUUUGGGUAUGCGAAAUAUUUCACGCCUUGUUUGGAUUCGCCUAAACACAAGUCAAUGUUUUUGAUUACUCUGAAAUACCCGAGAAGUUAUCAGCUCAUAUCUGAUAUGAAGAUGGUAGAAACAACUAGCUUCAGUGAUUCGUCAUUUGUUGUGUCGAAGCUGCAUAGCGCCGAUGACUUCAUACCCAUUUUUGAGACAUCUUUUGCCAUAUUACAUCAAUCACUCUCUCAUCAAGUGGUCGAAUCGGACUACGGAUCCGUCCAUUUUUACGGGACGCCUAGGCUGCUCUUAGACCUCGAUGACGAUGAUCGGCAACAGUUUUAUUCGACUGUUCGUUUGAUUUUGGAUAAUUCUGUGCCUUUUUUAUUUAACGGAUCUGAAUUAAAUCAGACAACGAAGUUAAAUCUGGCUACUCUAAUCACAAUUGAUGCAAUUCAUGAAAGAACUGGCAGCAGCGGAAUGAAUUAUUUUGCCGAUUUUUCCUUGAUUCCAGAAUAUCGCAAGGAUCCAAAAACGAUCGACUUUUUUCUUGACAUUUUUCAAAUCAUUCCCCGCAAGUUUGUUCAACUCACAUUGCAGGCGCAGUUCGAAACAUGGACCGAAAUGUGCUUUCUUUCAGAACUGACUGAUCGUGUAACUCAACUUAUUUUGGAGCACUACGAAAACCGGGAUACAUAUGAAGCCACUGCAGCAAUGACGAUAAAAGACAGAAUGAAGUCUUUCGGGUUCAACCAUGAUGAAUGCCCAGCCAAGUAUUCAUUUUAUUUGAGUUAUCUGGCUCGAGAUAGGGAACAAAUAUUCAAUAAAUGUCUUCUAUACCUACAGAACACUUCUCAGAAACUCGAUAAAUUUCUGGGAAAUUUUGAAAAAUGUGUUUUUGAAGAAUCGAAUCUUCCCGAAGAAGCAACUUGCUCACUGAUAAAUUUGUCACAGAAAACGUCUUCAUCAAUUUCGAUUAUCAGUUACCAGGACCGAGUUAAUAAAUCAUGGAUCGAUACUCAAGUCCAUCAUUUUUGUCCAUUAUCAAAAAGUAAACACGAAUGCUCUCUAGAAUAUGAAGGUGACUUUGAUCUUCAGUGUUUUGAUGAGCUAACAAGAAAAGGUAUGAACGAAAAUUUUUCUCUGCCACCUCAUACUGGAAAUUCUCAGAUGGUGUAUUUACGUAAUGAGUUUGUUUUAUAUCAAUUUCCUGCAAACAUUUAUGAUAAUUUUUGCAAAAAUUACAAAGAAUACGUCAAUUACUCGACCGAGGAAACAACAAAAGUGUCCUUUUUUGCUGUUGACAUGAUGGUUUUAGCUAAACACGCUCACAUAAGCUUCGAUUAUCUCAUUGAGUUUAUCUCUCGGUAUAAUGAGCUAAGACCUGUGGGAAAAUUAUUCGACGAUAUUUACUACGCGUCAAUCGGGUUCCCAUAUCUCAUUUCCAGGAAUAAGAAUUUCUCAAAUUGGGCUUCAAAAACUUACUCCGAGUUCCUUAUUUCUUUGAAAGUUGAUGCACGCCAUUUGGAAACAGUCAGACCUUAUCAACUGAAGUUCUUGAAUGGAUUGGCAGUUGGCGAUUCAUGUAGCCAAAUCGAGUCAUGUAUGCACUAUUUGGAACAUGGGACUUUUUUGGAUGAGCGUCAUUGUUCGCCGGAUUUAAUCGGAGAGAAAUUUGAAAGUUCAGGUGUGCCGACGGGUGAAAAUUAUAGCAUUCGAAAAAGUUAAGUUUGCCCAAAUAUUAAAACAAAGUAAUAAAUUUCUACGAACAGCAACUGAAAGUGUUUCAAAACACAUCUUUUUUUUGAAAACAAAAUUAAGUUUAGAAUAACCAGUUUAAGGGCGAAAAUCUGAA